UCGGCGCAUGCGCACUUGGACACCUCGCUGCGCCUUCCGCGAAAGCAAAGGGAGGAGAAGCAAAUAUGGCGGACCCCAAAGCCUCGGAGAACGGGCUGAAAAGGGGCGCAGAAAUCCCCGCCACGAUCGAGGAGGCUCUCGAUGACCUUGUUGUUGUGACCUUGAGGCAUGGGGACAAAGUGUUUAGGGGGGUUUUACUGGAUUCUUCGAAAAGGGACCUGCCGUAUGGAGUCGCGGACGCUAGACUGCGGGUGAGUGGCGCUGCGAUCGUGGAAACGUGCGGGGGAGAGAACAGAGACCCGCAAGAUGGCAGCAAGGAAGGAGCCAAAGCUCCAGAGCUCAGCACGCUAAGUUUUCGAGCCAGCUACGGUCAGAACAUUCCCUCGCCUCCACCCAGAAGAAUCCUGAAAGCUAGGUCUACUCGGAGGAACAUUUCUAGCAAUAGAAAUAUCAUAGAGAGAAGUAACAUCAAAUUGAGACCACGACAGAUUUUGUGUUCAAAGUGCAAAGAGUGUGUGAAAGAUGAGGACUCCUCCAAGGUGGUGACAUCCAAAACUGCCCAGAACACACAGAGAGCCAAGCUGGCAAAGCUGGAGAACAGCAGAAAGAGGAAGGACAUUUCCCCAGCAGCCAGGAAAACUGCUAAGAAGUUGAAAAAACAGAAUGAUUUUGAGACAAGAGGGGUGAAGACCAGUCCUCUGAUCAAAAUCUCCUAUGCCACCCCGCAGGGGAAGGGGAAAGUUUUGAAGAUUCCGCCCAAAGUGACCAGCACGUACAGGUAUGAUAACACUGCCCAUGGACACAGGUCCACAGACUCAGUAAGUCAGAACGUACAAGGCAAAGAAGUGCUGAAAAAGGCGAAAGAAAGAGCUCAGGGCAAGGCCACAGGACCUCUGAACAUGUCCACCCAGCAUCGCAUGAUACAGGGCACCGCAAACGGUCGCCCUGGCUUCCGACUGAAGCGAGCAGCCAUCAUCCCCCAUGGAACUACUGCGCAGACUCCCCCCCUAACCUCCACCAUGGGCAGUUUGGACAGAAACAGUGUCGCUUCAGGAGACAGGCCUGCAACAGACAGUGGUGGGCAACAUGGCCGACAGGCCUCUGUGGGUGGUGCUUAUGCAAAUGGCCCCCAUUCGGACACUGCAAACUACAACGGUGGAAAGAGUAAGAGGGACAAGGAGAAGAAGAAGAAGAAAGGUGGUCUGUCUGUCGUGCUGAAGAAUUUUAAUUCUCAAUGGACUCAAUCACUGGACACAGCAUCAAUCAACAGCGUGCGUACUGCCAGCUCACAGUCUUCAGAUGCAUGGUCUGAGACAUCUGCCCCUUCCAACAGUUAUGACUUUGCUGCUGAGCCAGAGGACACAGAGAGCAGGAAUGGUCCAAAGAUAGUGCCACCCCUUAAGGUUCAUCUUCACACCAAGAACGUCACAAAAACGAUGACAGCACAAGGGCGGACAGUUUGCUUGGGGGACAUAGUGUGGGGGAAGAUCCAUGGGUUCCCAUGGUGGCCAGGACGCGUUAUGUCCAUCACUGUGAGUAGGGCAGAGAAUGGCGAGAUCGUGCGGCAAGAUGCACAUGUAGAGUGGUUCGCAUCCUCGACCACCUCGCACAUUGCAUGUUCCACACUGUCACCCUACCUGGAGGACUUCAAGCAGCGGUUCAAUAAGAAAAAAAGAGGGCCAUACCGGAGGGCAGUCAAAAUUGCAAGUGAAGCAUGUCAGAAGCAGACAUCUGAGUUGCGAGCCUUGUACACACAGUUUGAGACAAACUCUCAUUGUUGACUGCCCUCUGGCCAGCUAAGAUGGAGUAGGAAGAAGUACCCCCUCUCCCUUUUGUGGUACAGGAGGGUUAGAAGAGGAAACAAUCUUUUGAUGUGGAUCAUGUCUCUUGAAUUAUGGCACUUGGAUAAUAGCAUGAGUGACUAAGUUCUGAACAGGAAUGAAUCAAGUGUCAGAAGAAAAUAGAAAUGCUGAUAGGAAGGCAGUGACAGUAACAAGCUUUAUUUGCCUGGCUAUGUAGGACAGAAAAGGACUUCUGGUGUAUUCUGUUAUGGAGGCUGUGCAAAAAGCUGUGAUCUGGCAAGUCAGCAUUAUAAAAAACAAUUUUUCAUGCAGACUUAGGUAGUUUUAUUGUCAUAGCACAAGCCAUUUUAAGUGAGGUUUUGAAAAGAAGAGAGCAUCUUCCUUUGAUUACCAACAGAAGUCAUACAUGUAAAUGCAAGUGUAUGUUUCUAACUAAGGAAGCAUUUUUAGCAUCAACAUUUUGUCCUGUGGAAAGAAGCAUUGUAGAGGCUGACCAAGUUGGCUGCAUAUGGCCGCAAUCUUUUUCUGUAAUGGACUAUGUAAAACAGGAAAGGAUUUCUAUAUGAAAAAGGUCACUAUAGGCUAUUGAUAUCAUUAUGCAAUGUUUCUGUGAAAUAGUGAAUACUCUUUUAUAUGUGUAGUCCACAUUCCUAUAAGCUGCAGGGAAGUAUUUAUCAUGCAUUAACCUUUUCCCUGCCAAGGAAGCCUUUUGGUACCUAAUUUCUACUGGUUACAGGUUAAGGCACCUUGGAGAAGGCUGUAUUUCAUCUUUUGCUUAUUUUUUGCACUCAAAAGGCUACAAAAAGGCACAAAGUGGAAUUUUUAAACAGAAAUGUUGAUUAUGGCUAGUGCAAAUUAAUGUAUACAUAGGUUAAGACUGGUAAAUUUGUUUCACAUGUGCUUGGCAUGUAAGUUGUAACUUGUCAUUAGGAAGAAACUUAUGUUAUUUUAACUCAAAACAUUUUAAUCUUAACAGUAUUAAUAAUGCAUCCCUAGAAUGAUGGCAAUGAUAGUCAGAUCCCUGAAAAGGGGCAGCUUUGUUUACACAAAUCUAACAAGCUGAGGCUGUAUACAUGUUAUGAUUUCAGGAAUAGUCUUGUCACUCAAAAAGAUGCCAGACUCUGGAGUUUGCUUGUAGCUGGAUCACACACUUUCUCCAUCGGUGUGUUUUAUUUUCAUGUAAGUUCCAUGAUGUUGCACCAGUAGAUGAUGACCUUGGAAUUUAUAUUGGGUCUGUUGGUUGAGGGAAACAUGAAAGCGAGAAUAUUUUUUAUUUUAGGAAGACAUUUGUUAGAUAUAUGGAAAAGAGUGGAAUAGUUCAGUGGAGCUCUGGCUGUUCAAGUCUCGUGCCUGGGACUUGACAGUGCCUUAAUGUAAGAUUGCCAAAUGGUCAUGACUGCCCAAGAGGCCACACUAUGUAUAUAUGUGUAUAAAUGGUUAAUAACACCUUAUGGUGUCUGUAGAAGGCAGUGAACUCAUGCACUUGUCAGUGUAAACCUGGGGGGGGGGGGCUAACAAUUUGAAGGUAUGGCCAAUGAAAGCUGUAUCAGUUGUGCCAUGUUAUACAUGUACAUGUAUCUGAUAGCUUCAUGUUGAAGUGAGAAAGAUUUUCCCUCAUCUGCAGCUGUUUCUGGAUUUGAAUUGAUGAAAGUAUCUCAUACAAAUGUACUACCACUAACUGAUGUUUAGUGUUUGUAUCAGCACAUGCUUCAGAUAUGUAUACUGUACAGAGACAUUUGAUUGUUGAAGCUGUACUGGGCAGGAUUUCAACCCAUCAGAUUCUCAAACUUUUUCCCGUCAAAUUAAGUCUUAAGGUUUAUCUUAAAUGUCAAUCUGAAACAUCACAUUGCUACAGAAAAAUACAGACUGCACAUGAAAAUGUAAUUUCCAUGAAUAUGUACUAGACAAAUCAGUGACAAUUAAAGGACAGAAGGUCAAAUUAGGUCGGCUGCAAAUAAGAUGAUAUUUUUCUUUUUUUAGCGUUUUGAGCAGGAAAUCUGAAAGGUUGAAACUCCUGCCUAGUUUACUUUCAAACAAUCCUUAAGGUAGUACAGACUUUCUCUUGUAUAUUGUAGAUUUUAUAGACAACAGUGGUGGCAAUCUGUAAAGUCCUGAAUGUUGAUGAUCAACAGAUGAAUGUUUGUGAAACUUGCUGCCUGCAAUGGACAAACUUGCAGCUGUGGGCCUGCCAUUGGUGCAUUUACUGUAUAGAAUGUUAGAUAACAAAUAAACCAGUUAUAGAAAUAA